AAAUCGGGAAAAGAAAGAGGCAAUAUCAAGAAGAAACAAGCAAUAUCAUUCAGCGCCAACUUUAUCGCUGGGUCAACAACAGCAAUUCUCCGUUCAAAAUAUCUCCAGUAAUACUCAUAACUUAAUGUUAAAUGUACAACAACAGCACCACGCUUUUGGGCAGCAACAUCCUCAGCCGAAACAACUUACUGCUUCUGCUGCAACUGCUAACACUGCUACCACUCUUACUAUCACAGAAUACUUAGAUAGUCUCCGAAAAAUCCAAACAUGGUUGGUUGAUUUUCAUGCUUUGUCCGUAGAAGAGCAAAGCAAACGCCAAGAAGGAUACAAGAGAGACACAUGUCACGGUAUAAAUCAAAUAGACCAACAAAUCCAUGCCAUCCGUCAACAACGCCCGAGGAACCAGCAACAAGUGGAGUUUAGACUUCAGCAAAUUGCUAAUCUUGAACGCUGUAAGAUUAAAAUACUUGAGACUUAUCAUGCAGCCAUGACAUAUAUAAAGCAUUAUCGGCAACAGCAACAACAAUUGCAACUAGCUAAUUCCGCUCACAGCUAUUAUCACUUUACACAAUCAACAGCAAUCUACUGAACACUCUGUGAUCAAUCCACCCUUGCAACCACUUCAAAUGACUACAGCUGCAUCUAAAUCAGAAAAGAAACCGAUUUCCAGAUUAUAUCAACUAAUAGAUAUUAGCGACGAGGAAGAUGAUGACGACGAUGAUGACAAUGAUGCAGAAGAUAUUACCCGUGUUAAUAGGGAUACUAAAAAUGGCAAAAGUGACAAAAAGCCUCGCUGGACACCUGAUUUAAAAAGGAUACUUUUCUCGACAAUCAUAGAACAAAAACAGUUGAGCGAUAUGGCUAGUUUCAAUUGGCCUUUGAUUGGUGCUCAAGUAGGUAGGCCAGGCAAGGCUUGCAAGGAUCAAUGGAGAAGAGCUAUACUUCCGAGGCUU